GCUAUAUAUAUCGCAACUCUUUCGAUCAGACUUCGCGUAAUCGUAUGCGUGAAAAAGUUACUGCCAGUAUUAUCUUUAAGGAUCGCAAAGCGUCAUAUUCUCGCAGCGUGGGUCACCCGUUCGUGGGAGAUUAUGUGCGGUUGCGGCAUAACCAGCAAUGGAAAAACAUUUGUGUAGAGACCAACGAUCAGUAUGUGGUGUUUGCGGACAUUAUUAACAAAAUUACACGUUCCAGCGGGAAGUUUGUACCAAUACUGUUGGUGUU